UGGAAGUUUACAUACACUUAGGUUGGAGUCAUUAAAACUCCUUUUUCAACCACUCCACACAUUUCUUGUUAACAAACUAUAGUUUAGACAAGUCGGUUAGGAUAUCUACUUUGUGCAUGACACAAGUCAUUUUUCCAACAGUUGUUUACAGACAUAUUAUUUCACUUAUAAUUCACUGUAUCACAAUUCCAGUGGGUCUGAAGUUUAAAUGCACAGUCAACUUUGUGUCUUUAAACCACUUGGAAAAUUCCAGAAAAUGAUGUCAUGGCUUUAGAAGCUUCUGAUAGGCUAAUUGACAUCAUACAUCAUGGGAAAAUCAAAAGAAAUCAGUCAAGACAUCCAGAAAAAAAAUGUACGAAAUGUACAAACAAUAGUACAAGUAUAAACACCAUGGGACCACGCAGCCGUCAUACCGCUCAGGAAGGAGACAAGUUCUGUCUUCUAGAGAUGAACGUACUUUGGUGCGAAAAGUGAAAAUAAGUCCCAGAACAACAGCAAAGGACCUAGUGAAGAUGCUUGAGGAAACGGGUACAAAAGUAUCUAUAUCCACAGUAAAACGAGACCUAUAUCAACAUAACCUAAAAGGCCGCUCUGCAAGGAAGAACCCACUGCUCCAAGACCGCCAUAAAAAAGCCAGACUACGGUUUGCAACUGCACAUGGGGACAAAUAACACCAUCCCAACCGUGAAGCACGGGGGUGGCAGCAUCAUGUUGUGGGAUUGCUUUGCUGCAGGAGGGACUGGUGCACUUCACAAAAUAGAUGGAUUCAUGAGGGAGGAAAAUGAUGUGGAUAUAUUGAAGCAACAUCUCAAGACAUCAAUCAGGAAGUUAAAGCUUGGUCGCAAAUGGGUCUUCCAAAUGGACAAUGACCCCAAGAAUACUUCCAAAGUUGUGGCAAAAUGGCUUAAGGACAACAAAGUCAAGGCAUUGGAGUGAUCAUCACAAAGCCCUGACCUCAAUCCUAUAAAACAUUUGUGGGCAGAACUGAAAAGGCGUAUGCGAUCAAGGAGGCCUACAAACCUGACUCAGUUACACCAGAUCUGUCAGGAGGAAUGGGCCAAAAUUCACCCAACUUAUUGUGGGAAGCUUGUGGAAGGCUACCUGAAACAUUUGACCCAAGUUGAACAAUUUAUAGGCAAUGAUACACUCUAUUAGUAUUUGGUAUGUAAUCCUCUGACCCACUGGGAAUGUGAUGAAAUAAAUAAAAGCUGAAGUCAUUCUCUACUAUUAUUCUGACAUUUCACAUUCUUAAAAUAAAGUGGUGAUCCUAACUGACCUAAAACAGGGAAUUUUUACCAGGAUUAAAUGUCAGAUUGUGAAACUGAGUUUAAAUGUAUUUGGCUAAGGUGUAUGUAAAUGUCCGACUUCAACUGUAACUUGUUGAGAGUAGUCUAUAUGCAAUUUAAGACUGAAUGUGUUGAGUCUGGGCUGGUGUAUCAUGUGAGGUUGGUGGCACCUUAUUUUGUGGAGGACUGGCUCGUGGUAAUGAGUGGAAUGGUAUCAAAUGCAUUAAACACAUGGUUUGAUGCCAUUCGCUUCUUUUCUAGACAUUAUUAUGAGCCGUCCUCCCCUCAGCAGCCUCCGCUGGUGUUCAUUGUAUCUGUGUCUAACACGGUCUUCUCCCUGAAGAGAGAGCAGGUUCCUGGUGACUACUCUCGUACGGACCCCGAGCACAAACUCAUCUACCGCUUUGUCAGAACUCUGUUCAGCGCUGCACAGCUCACUGCAGAGUGUGCCAUCGUCACCUUGGUGUACCUGGAGCGUCUGCUGACCUACGCUGAGAUGGACAUCUGCCCAUGUAACUGGAAGCGCAUUGUACUGGGAGCCAUCCUGCUGGCCUCCAAGGUGUGGGACGACCAGGCUGUCUGGAACGUAGACUACUGCCAGAUCCUCAAAGACAUCACUGUGGAGGAUAUGAACGAGAUGGAACGCCAAUUCCUGGAGCUGCUGCAGUUCCACAUCAACGUCCCGGCUAGUGUUUAUGCCAAGUACUACUUCGACCUGCGCUCUCUGGCUGACGACAACAGCCCCCGCUUCCCCCUGGAGACACUCGGCAACGAGAGGGCACAGAAACUGGAGGCCAUCUCCAGACUGUGUGAGGACAAGUAUAAGGAUUGGAGCCGAGCAGCCGUAAAGAGGUCCUUUAGCGCUAACAACCUGGUGGGCAUCCGCUGCGCCAAUGCUGUACUCUCAUAGGCCAGCCAUACUACAGCACUGUUCUCUCAUUGGACAAAUGUCACUCGAAUGCUGUUCUCUUAUUGGACAGCCAUACUCCAAUGUUGUGCUCACUGGACAGCGACACAAUAUCUGACCUCUACAGCCUAACCAACAAACACUCCAGGAUACAUAACCAUGACUCGCCACCAACCCCUCUCAGGGAUUUGUCGUUGGCAGCCCCUCAAGCCCACUCCCCUGACUGGCUGGUCCCAGACCCCUGUGCAAAAUAACUACAGAGAGAAGAGUAGACUCUUUUCCUGUUUAUUUAAUAAAUAAGAAAAGUAUAUAUAUUUGCUUACUAUGUAGGCUGCUAGUUGUGACAUUUUUGUUUUUAAAUGGAAAAAUAAUUUGCAGAUGGAGUAUUUUACAUAAACACUAAUCAUCCGUGUGGCUUUCAUUGGAGUGGAGAUGAGACUAUGCAAGAGUGGCACAGCGCAUUGUAAAAAUGUACAUUUUUACUUUACACAUCAAAUGACACAUACUCAGAAACAGAUUGGUCCACAGUUUAAUUCUCUAUCAGUCAGAGACAAAUGAAACGAGUGAGAGAAUGCAUUUUCAUAAAUAUCUAUUAAAAAAACUAAUCUGACAUUUCAUUCUUGGAGAAGUAAGUACACACAACGAUGCAGUCGACUCAUCUAUGGAAGGAUGCCAAAGCAGAUUUACAAAUGAUGGGGUAGAACACAGAGGAAACAGGCUAAUAAAUUAAACAGACACUGGACCAUUUACACAUUAGUCUGGUUAGAAAAACAACGAGGCACACGACAACUUGGACAAGCACAGCAGAGUAAAACGGCAACUUGACAAGGUUUUGGUUCACCCAGAGUUUUGGUUCAACCAUACUCUGGCUCUCCACCAUAGUUCCUAUAGAUGAUUAGUAUAUCAAUUGUAAGACUGUUUUUGAUGUCUGCAGGAUACCAUUGAAAAGAAAUGGUUUGCCUUUUUUUUGUAAACCUCUGACUUGUAAAACACACAAGAUAAGUACUGACACGGUCAUUGAAAAUGUAUACAGAGCCCUAAGAGAUACAUACGUUCACCAUUGGGUUGGUGUGAACAGUUCCUGUGUGUACCACUAGAGGCAGUAACACCAUGGCAAAGGA